AUGGCAUUUCAGCCCAUCAAGUCCGCCGUCCUCGGCGUCGGCCUCGGAGGCCUCACCUUCCACAUCCCCUUCGUCCUCGCGCUUCCCCAAUACUUCUCCCUCCAUGCCGUCCUCGAGCGCAAUCCCACCACACCAGGGGGCAAGCUCGCUGCGCGAUUUGGCGCGGAAGCCGCAAAGGGCGUGACAAUAUACAAGACUUACGAUGAGGUCCUCGCCGAUCCCGAGAUCGAGCUCAUCUUCAUCAGCACACCGAGCGAGACGCAUUAUUCACUUGCAAAACAAGCACUAGAGGCUGGAAAACAUGUCCUUGUCGACAAGCCCGUGACAGCCACUGCCGCCGAGGCCUACGAGCUCGGAGCGCUCGCAAAGUCGAAACAGCGCGUCCUCUAUCCCUUCCAAAACCGCCGCUGGGACUCGGACUUCCUCACCCUCCGCAAACUCCUCGACCUCCCGCCCAGCGACUCCAAGUCCCUCGGCACCCUUGUUGAGUUCGAGUCGCGAUUCGAUCGGUACCGCUCCACGCUCAAGAACACCUGGAAGGACCUGCCCAUCCCCGCAAACGGGCUCGUAUACGACCUGGGCGCGCAUCUGAUCGACCAGGCGCUGGUGCUCUUCGGGCGGCCCGCCAAGCUGACGGCACAAGUCGAGAACAUCAGAGGCCUCGGCCACAAAGACGUGGAUGACUGUUUCACGAUCCACCUGCACUAUCCCCCGCGCCCCGCCGCCUCUGGGCUGCAGCCAACGUCUUUCACCUGUAUCCUGCGUGGACACAUCCUCUCCGUACGCUCGCCGCAGGUGCGCUACGUCGUGCGCGGCCUGAACGGGACCUACCUCAAGUUUGGCGUCGACGUGCAGGAGGACCAGCUCAAGGUCAUCCCGGAUGUUGCUGAGAUUAAGACGUCUGCGUCGUAUGGCCUGGAACCGGAAGAGCUGUGGGGGACCGUCGAGAACCUGACGGAGGGCGACAAGGUCGUGAAGGCCACGUGGCCGUCCACGGAGAAGGGCAACUACGCAGGGCUGUUCGAGGACCUGGCAAAGACGAUCCGGGAGGGCAAGGAGCAGGCGGUGAAGUGGGACGAGUCGGCAGAGGUGAUCGAGCUGAUCGAACUUGCGUACAAGAGCGCGAAGGAGGAGCGCACGCUUGUCGUUCCGCCAAAGCCGUGA